GUUUGUCUAUUGUUUCGUUAUUGCUUUUGGUAUAUACUGUUUUGCACUAAUUACAAGCUCGUGAGCUUGUAUUAAAACGCAAAUGUGUCCUACAAGAAUGGAAAUUUUUGCCUCUCUGAGCACCAACACGGGAGUCGUCGUGUGUUCGAAUCUUAUCUUGGUAACUAUUUUUACUUUUUUUUUCUUUUUUCUUUUUUAAAAAGAUAAGACAAGUGUUCAAAACACUUGUUUAACUAACUAGUAAAUAAAGGUGUUUCAACCAAACUUUUUAAAAGUGAAUGUAGGCAGAAUUAACUGAAUUAAUGAAUUUCGCAAAUUUUGGGGUUUGUGGGUUUGUGGGUUUGUGGUCUUUCUUCUUCCUGUCAGUCGGUUCACCCAAGACGGACCCAUCGAAAAUUAAAAGUUCGAGGAAUUUUCCGUUCAGGAAGGUCUCACAAAUCAAUUUUGAAAAAUAAGUGUGUAACAAAUAUUAUUGCGUAUCUGAAUAGUAAAAUAUGUCGUGUCUAACUUCGUAACAAAAAUCCCAAUUUGAUAGACAGCUUUUUGUAAACUUUAUUCGCGAGGUUGUUUGCGUAUAUCAUACGUCUUGUUUGGUUAUUACAUAAAACUUGUGAAAUUUGUUUGGUUUGAUAAUACACCCACAUCCGAUAGAAACCGGUCGUACAUAAAUGUUCCUGUUUAAAAAUAAUUUUUUUAUUAUCGACAGUGUUAUUGUUAUUUAUUAUAACGACAUACAAUCGUCAAGGGAUUGGAAAAAUUAAAGGAAACAAAGGAAAAUAAAAAGAUCUACGAGCAGUGUAUUGUAUUAUCAUAACACAAGUGCAACCUUUAACAUCAUUUUGAAGGCUGGCAAUAUCAAAAAAAAUCCAGGGCCUGGCUUACAUCAACAAUCUAACUUAACAGAUCCUGUUGUUACAGCACCUAGAAAUCAUAACAUAUCAUCGAAAUGUAUAAAUGAAGAAAGAAGUUGGUACAAAUAGAAAGCUAUUACUUUGUACACAUUGGUAUAGACAUACUCAUGUCACAUGUUUCGAACCUGUCAAAAUCAGAACAAAAUAAAACCAAAAAAACAUAUUUUUUAAAAAUUAAACAGUUUACUCGAAAAUGAUUGAGAAAAUAAAGAGAGCCAAGGUAAUUUCAAAACCAAGACGAGUCAAAAAAUGGAGCCUAGGUGCAACUAAGAAGGCAGUCGGAGCACAAUAAAUAGGAAAAAAUAAAUGAGACUUUGAUUAGCUAAGAAUAAAAAAACAGAAAUAUAGUCUGACAAAUAUUAAACAUUAAAACAUAAGGUGAAAUAGUAUUAUGAUGUUAACAUCCCAGCAAGAGCUUUUUCCUUGCCUUUUUGUUAAAUAAACCUUUAUUACUACAUAAGCAAAAGCUUGCGGGUAAAUUAUUAAAAAUAGUAGCUUUUUCUUGGAAAGUACAUUUCUCGCCAUAGUCAAUUAUAAUGCCAAAGUUACUAAACAAAUUUUUUUUUGAUGUUUUACAGUCUCUAUUUGAAGAUAAUUUGCAAGUUUUUAUCUUGAAGCGCUCAAAACACAAGUUUUACCACAUUAUGUUCCGUGUUUUCAACAAUAGGAAGCCAGUUCAGGUUGACAAUAUCUGCUGUGUUGGUAUACUUUCCAAGUACAUAUCCAGCAGCACAAUUUUGAACUCUUUGUAAUCUGUUUUGUAGAUAUUUCAGAAUUUGACCAUAAACAACAUUACAAUAUAGUUUAAUUGAGACAGAAUCAGUGACUCAGGGAGACUUUACGUACUAUAAAUGUUGUAAAUCUCUUAAACGCGUAAAAGUAUUUGUAGUACACCAUAUGUUGACUUCGCUACAGCAUUUAUUUGUUAGUUCCAAGUUAGGUGCGCAUCAAAUAUUAGGCCAAGUAACUUAAAAUUCAGUUCUUGUAAAAUCAACGGUUUAAUGUACUUGACUGGUACAUUGUCAAAACCACUCGCACAGUCAUUAAUUCUGAAUUUUUUAAACUUCAUUAAACAUGUUAUGUCUUAUAGUAAAAGCAUUGUCAUUUUCCUUUUCUCGCAGCAUGAAUGUGAAGAAGUGGGAUGGGGCUAAAUAGAGGAAAUGCAGGAUAUUUAUCACAGUCUUUGUGUGCCAAAUGUUCUUCCGUAUUGACUCGCCUUGUAUUUGGGAACCUCAAGUGACAAAGUAACAUGUGGCGAUCUAAAGGAAGCUGCAAACCAGCUGGCUAUGUUAAAAAAUAAGCACACAGAAGGAGACUUAAAGCUUGCAUAUCAGAUACUAAGGUGCUUAAGAAACUCAUGUAUUCAUAGUAAAAAGAACCAAAACUUAAUAAUUGAAAAUGAUUUUGUUGACCUCUUUAAAAACUAUACAUCAACGAUGUUAGACCCGAAGAAUAUCUCAGUGUUAUCCAGUACAGAGUGGUUUGAAAAAACAAAAGUGAUGGCUGUACAGUUUCUUGGUAAUCUUGUUGCUCACAAUGAUACAGCGAAAAGAGAAGUAUGGAUGCAUGCUUUUCCGUCUUUCUUCUUUACUCUAUUUGCUAAUUUAAAUGAGAAGGGAAAAGACUGUUUAUGUAUGGUUGUUUAUAACUGUUUAAAAGAUAGGGAAUUUAUUUUUGACAACGAGAACGAAUUUUGGCUGUUGAACUCAAUAAUUGAAUUUUCCAGUAGCACUGAUGAUUGCGAAUGGGGCUUGCUGGUUGUCGAAUUAUUAUUCACAUCAAAUAGUUUUGAAAGAUUUUACAAAGAACUAACUUUAUACCCAAACGUAAGAGGCAUUCUGUUAGAUGUAUUACAUGCAUAUUUAUCUGAUGAAGAAGCUGUUGUUAGUGUCAAGGAAAAUAAUUUAAUAUUUCUUGCUGACGACUUUCGGACUAAAUCGGCAUGUAUUUUUAUGCUUGCUAAGGAGGAUUCAGAGGAAUGGCUAGAGGAAUCCUUGCUGCUGUUGAAGGUUCUGUCGAUCCUUUGCACCGCAACCUCUCUCUGCAAGUAUAAGGAGAUCAGAGCGGAAGAAAAAUUGUUAAAAACUAUCGUAGAUUUGCUAAAACAAACUAACAGAAGCGAAUUUUCGUCGUAUUUUUCAAAGCCCGCUCAAGCAGGAACAGCGAAAGACGUGCAUCCAGCUUAUGGCUUUAAACGCGACUUAGUUCGAACGAUCGGAAAUAUGUGCUACAAAAAUAAGAAAAUGCAAGACAAGGUCCGAGAAUUUGAUGGCAUUCGAUCGACCCUGAAUGCGUGCAAUAUCGAUGAAAGGAAUCCUUUCAUUCUACAAUGGGCUAUAUUUGCUGUGCGUAACAUAUGUGAAGAUAAUAUAGAGAAUCAAGAACUCGUUGGAAGUGUAGAGAAACAAGGACUUGCACGUAACCAUUUUUUAACCGACUCCAACAUCACGACGAAUAUAGUAGACGGUAAAAUUACAAUUUCUUCGAAGGACAGUUUGAAUAGGUAGCAAAUAUAUUUUGAUUGUAAAAUGUAUGUAUUUUUCUCGAAUGUGCGUUACCAUGACCUGGGGAUUAAAGAUUGACGUUUGACAGUUUUGAACCGAGGCUUUGACCCCUGAACUUUUUCACUGCUUUGUGGGAAUUUGACGUUCUUUUGAUAUUUUCUUUCAUUUUGUCUGAUUUUUUUUUUUUUUUUUUUUUUUUUUUUGAAUUACUUGCUAAUUUAAGAAUUUACGUUUUACAUUCAUUGUUUUCCCUGUGUUUAAAAAUCAGAUUCAAUCAAUAAAAAUCAAAUUUUUUUUUCAAAAUCAGUCUACAUUCCUCUUUGAUUUGUUGAAAGAUACAAGAUUGACUUUUCCGUGAUUCUUCGGGGGAGGGGGUUUGCAACAUGUUUUUUUUUUCUUUUAUUUUUAUUAUUGUCUGAUUUAGGAGAAUAAUUAUAUAAAAGAUAUUAAAGACAGUAUGAUAUUAAUUCUUCUUAUUUACAUGAUAGAUUUGUACAUCUGAUGUUGUAAAAAAAAAGUUAAACAACACGUAAA